AUGCCAUCAUAUGGCGAUGAGGAGACGAGUGCCGCAGCAGGUGCGGCAGAUGGUGGCUUCUGCGGCUGGGGUGGUAUGCUGGUAGGCAAUGGGGCAAGUAAGAAUGGCACACGUUGGGCGAAUGGCCAUAGCAGCGCGGGACGAGAAGGUAAGCAAGUUGUUGAGGCUGCUGGUGGAGGUGCGGACGAAGUGACCGAGUAUCGACACAACAACAACAAUUGCAGUAGUAGUACUAACCCAGAUGACGUGAGAGAAACUUACACGGCGGCAGUGCAGCAGCAACGGCAACGACAAUCGGGUAUAAGCGGUUUGCGUAGCAGUAACCGCAGAUACAGUCUGCUGCGUUGCAUUUUAUGUAAUCUCAAACAAGGUAAACAAGGGCAGCCGCAACAACAACAACAGCAAAAAGCCGCACGACAGCAAACGGCGGAGGAGGAGGAGGAGGAGGGUGGUCAGCUGUAUGCGCAAAUACAACGAACACAACAAAGUGAGCAAUCACAGUCACGGCCGCAGGCUAUUGUUGUUGCAGUGGUGGUUGGUGCCUCAGUCGACCAUCAAAUACAACAACAAGAGCCACAGCUGACCGGCCACCAACCAGGCGGCAAGCAGCAGAGAAAUGCAGCAUCGACAAGCGGUGGUGGUGGUGGUGGUGCUGGUGGUGGUUGCGCUGGCGACGGCUUACGCGUACGUAAUAGGUGCUUUGACGAUUACAGAGGUGACAGCGUGCAUGUUGGCGCUAACGAGGCACUGCUAUAG